ACAGCCAAAGUUAACCCGUUCACAACCCAACACGUCAGCAAUUGAAAGUCAUUCGAAAAGGAAAAUCUCUAUAUAAGCCAAAGCCUUGGUCACCGGUACACAACCCAGAAAGCCCCGAAUACGCUUGUUGUUCAAUAUUGGCUUCCACAUAAAAGCGUUUUCAAAGCCGUUAGGUAAAAGCAACUCCAUCAGACAAAGCUUAAUUAAUUAAUACAGUCGGCUUUCGCUUAUGACCAGGCUCUUCCUCCCUCGUGAAGGAAUGAAAAAUUUUCACUAUAUUAUAUUGGGAAUGGCACUUGUGAAUUCUGAUUCCAUCAAUAGUUCCUCAUUUCUCCUACUUCCUACACUUUUUCUUCAAACAACAUAACAGCUCGUCGUAUUGUAAGUAAUUACAUUUCUAUGAGAUAUGGCUUGUGAGCAGCCAUAUGAUUGUCGCGCUGUCAUCUUCAACUUCAACGUGGAUAGAUCACUUAUUACUCACCCCCGCAAAAGAUGGCACAUCGCUUUGGCUGCUAUCUCUGCUAUUCGACGUAUGACAUCCCUUGUUUUAUCCGCCAAAACCCACAAACAUUUCCUCCAUGCUCUCUCAUCGCGUUCUGUUUCUUACACCAUCCUAGAUAUCCAGCCCAAUCCUCAUACCAGUGUAGAUAUCCUCACUAAUAAUGUGUUCAACCUCGAUAAGAUUGCUCUCGUUGAGAUUGUAAAGAACAAAGACUUCACCUCCCUCAACCAUCUUGGAGGUGUGCAAGCUGUUUCAACCGCUCUCCAUUCUGACCCAGAGCAGUCUCGGAUCAUCAUUCCUAUUGAAACCACCGACGUUAACAAAACAGCCCUGGCCAAAAUGGUCAAAGAGAGGAACUUGGAACAAUUGAAUGUUGCUACCCUAGUGAUCAACUUCAUUGCAGCUGUUUCUUCUAGCAGAGUCCCUUUAACGGCAAUCCAGCUACUGUGGGUGAACCUGAUCAUGGAUGUAUUCGGUGCCUUGGCACUAGCUGCAGAGCAGCCUACCGAGGAGCUCAUGGAAAAGCCUCCAGUAGGUCGAAGCAAGUCUGAUCUUAUCAAUGGCUUCAUGUAUAGGAACCUCAUUGGUCAGGCUCUGUAUCAGGUGGCAGUCUUGAUGGUGCUACAUUUCAGUGGAAGCUCUAUCUUUGAGGUGAGUGAGGAGAUCAACGACACCCUGAUGUUCAAUACUUUUGUCCUCUGCCAAAUCUUUAAUCUUUUCAAUGCAAGGAAGCUAGAGAAGAAGAACGUACUCGGAGGGAUACACGAAGAGAACCAAUUUUUCCUUGGCAUUGUGAUGAUAACUGUUGUUCUUCAAGUGGUGAUGGUGGAGUUCCUGAAUAGCUUCGCCAACACUAAGAGAUUGAAUUUGGAGCAAUGGGUUUUAUGCAUCGGACUUGCAGCUUUGUCCUGGCCGAUUGAUUGGGCCGUCAAAUGCAUCCCAGUUGCUAAACUUGAUACACUUUGUGUUGCUGAUAUUUUGAACCAUAACUGGGCUAUCAGCUAUGCAUACAGAAUAAGAGAUAGCAUUUUGGGCAUGAGAGGGAACCUUACUAAAAACAACAACCUACAAGAUAUUAGUGAUACACUUUGUGUUGCUGAUGGGUAUGGUCGGAUGCUAGUCACUUCUGUAGGCAUGAACACCACAUGGGGUGAAAUGAUGAGCUCCAUUAACCAUGACUCCAACGAGCGCACACCAUUGCAAGUUCGGCUAGACAAACUAACCUCGUCUAUAGGGAAGGUGGGUUUGACAGUUGCUUUCCUCGUGCUCGUCGUAUUGUUGGUUCGCUACUUCACAGGAAACACACAAGACGAAAAUGGAAUUCAGGAAUUCAAUGGCGGCAAGACAAAGUUCAACGACGUCAUGAAUGAAGUAGUGCGAAUGGUCUCAGAUGCUGUUACUAUUGUAGUGGUGGCAAUUCCCGAAGGCUUGCCGUUAGCCGUCACACUCACUCUUGCUUAUUCCAUGAAGAGAAUGAUGGGUGACCAAGCAAUGGUGCGAAAACUCUCAGCGUGCGAGACAAUGGGCUCGGCCACCACCAUCUGUACUGAUAAAACAGGUACGCUCACAAUGAACCAGAUGAAGGUCACUCAAUUUUGGCUCGGUAAAGAAGUCAUGGUGGAUUAUUCUUUGUCUGCAAUCUCCCCGGUUGUUCUUGAAUUGCUUCAUCAUGGUGUUGGUUUGAACACUACUGGUAGCAUUUACAAACCCGCUUCAAGUGCAGUUCCUGAAUUCUCUGGGAGCCCAACUGAGAAAGCUAUUCUAUCAUGGUCUGUAUUGGAGCUGGGCAUGGAUAUGCAGAAGGUGAAGAAGAGCUGCACUGUUUUUCAUGUCGAAGCCUUUAAUUCGGAAAAGAAACGAAGUGGCAUUUCAAUGAGAAAGAAUGGUGAAGAGACGAUCCAUAUGCAUUGGAAGGGGGCCCCUGAGAUGAUACUUGGGAUGUGUUCGGACUACUAUGAGAACACAGGUACUAAGAAAACCUUGGAUGAGGAUGCUAGGAUGAGUAUCGAGCAAACAAUCAAACACAUGGCAGAGAACAGCCUCCGAUGCAUUGCCUUCGCACACAAGCAAAUUCCUGGAGAUGAAAGAGCGCAACAAAGCCUUGAUGAAGAUGGCCUGACCUUGUUAGGCUUAGUAGGUAUAAAAGACCCAUGCCGACCAGGGGUUAGACAGGCGGUGGAAGCCUGUAGAAAGGCUGGAGUGAACAUCAAAAUGAUUACCGGAGAUAAUGUUUUCACUGCAAGGGCCAUAGCCAUUGAAUGUGGGAUACUCCCAUCCAUUGAGGUCAUUAAAAGUGGAGAGAUCGUGGAAGGUGUAGAAUUUCGAAACUACACACCGGAACAGAGGAUGGAGAAAGUUGACAAAAUCCGAGUGAUGGCUCGGUCCUCUCCCCUUGACAAACUGUUGAUGGUUCAAUGCUUAAAACAGAAAGGCCAUGUGGUUGCAGUCACCGGAGACGGCACAAACGAUGCACCGGCUUUGAAGGAGGCUGAUAUUGGACUCUCGAUGGGCAUUCAAGGAACCGAAGUGGCCAAGGAGAGUUCAGAUAUUGUCAUAUUGGAUGACAACUUUGCUUCGGUGGCCACGGUUUUGAAGUGGGGGAGAUGCGUUUACAACAACAUCCAAAAGUUCAUUCAAUUCCAACUUACUGUGAAUGUUGCAGCUUUGGUGAUCAAUUUUGUUGCAGCGGUUUCUGCAGGUGAAGUGCCAUUAUCUGCAGUGCAAUUGUUAUGGGUGAAUUUGAUCAUGGACACAUUAGGGGCUUUAGCAUUAGCCACGGAACGACCCACAGAGGAACUCAUGGAGAAGCCACCGGUGGGAAGGACUGAACCACUAAUAACCAAUGUCAUGUGGAGGAACCUCAUUGCUCAAGCCCUAUACCAAAUAGCCGUUCUACUGACUCUGCAGUUCAAAGGUGAGUCUAUAUUCGGAGUAACCAACAAAGUUAACGACACUCUUAUCUUCAAUACAUUCGUGUUAUGCCAAGUCUUCAACGAGUUCAAUGCGAGGAAGUUGGAGAAGAGGAAUGUGUUCAAAGGGAUCCACAAGAAUAGGUUAUUCUUGGGGAUCGUGGGGGUGACAAUUGUGCUUCAGGUAGUGAUGGUAGAGUUUUUGAAGAAGUUUGCAGAUACAGAGAGGUUGAAUUGGGGCCAAUGGGGUGCUUGUAUUGGCAUAGCAGCAGUCUCUUGGCCGAUCGGUUGGGCGGUCAAGUGCAUACCGGUUCCAGACAGGCCAUUCCUUAGCCUUCACAAGUCAUUGACCCUCAAAAUUCUCUUACAUUGA